GCUGUCAAAAUCUAUCCACUUGAUGUCACUUAAUGCCGCAUUGCCUCUGUUGCUGCUGCUGCUGCUGGGGGGAGGCGGUUUAACAAAUGCUCUCGAUUGCUACAUUUGCAGCUAUGUAGAGGGUCAGACCGAUAUGUCCUGUUUGAACAAUGUCAGUUCCCUGCCCGUUAUCAACUGCACCCAGAAAUAUUGCCUCACAGUGCGAGAAGAGUAUUUGAAAAAACCAUCACAAGUGAGGUCCUUUCUACGUGACUGCAAGGAGAAGCCUUUGCUGGUGAAUGGCAUCAGGACAGAUGACACGUGUCGAACCUAUCAUCGCUCAUGCCAGCAGAACCUCUGCAAUGGCCACAACGGACGAGUGAAUAACUCAACGACAGGAUCUGAUGGUGCUGGUUAUGGGGGCAAUCACAAUGGCAUUAUACCGGGCAAAAGUAAUGGCCACCAGCAUUGGCAACAUCAGGGUAUCGGAAGCAUCCAGUCUCUUCUUCUCCCACCUCUUAUAAUUUAUCUUUACUGCUGUAUAUCCUGCCAGUGCAAUUAGUGUAAGGGCAAGAGAGAAAAAAAGAAAAACAAAAAUGAAGAAAUAAACGCAAAAAUGUGCUUUUGACUGGCUUUUAAGCCUGAGGCCCCAGACCCAGACCCAGACCCAGCUGCUGGCUAAUUAGUCUGGCCAAAAUCAUAUUACAAACUUUGU